AUAACGUACCGGGCUACUAGGAAUCAAGAAAGCAGAAUAUUCACAGAUCAGCUGAUUUGCAUAUUCAAUUCUCCAAACUGUACACUUAUGUUAUAUUAUUGUGUACAUACCAAGAUAGUAGAUGGAUACAGUUCUUAAAUUAUAGUGAUUUUAGCUAUAUUUAUAAUGGCGUUAGCUGAGGUUGCAGUUACUUUAGCUCAAAAUCCGUAUUUCAGUGCUGGUAUUGGAUUGUUUGGAGUAGGUACAGCAGCUGCUCUUGGGAGAGGAUUAUUACAAUUAUCCUUAGCUUUAGGAAGACGACAUCUAGUGUGCAGUGUACAAGUUCCCUGCAACGACAAGGCCUACACCUGGUUUCUAGAUUGGUUGGGUAAAGAAGCUGGAACCACUGCUCAGCAUAUAUCUGUCAGGACUGAAUGGGAGGAGGAGGACGGAGGUAGGAUAAGAUCAACCUACUGUAUUGAACCUAGUCCCGGACUUCAUAUACUCAGAUGGAGAGGAGUUUGGAUUAGACUAGAACGCGUUCGAGAACAGCAGCAGGUUGAUGUUAUAGGUGGAGUACCCUGGGAAACUAUGGAUAAAUGUGUAGGUGGAGUACCCUGGGAAACUAUAACUUUAACUACUCUGGGUAGAAGAAGAAGCUUACUACUGCAGAUGCUAGAGGAAGCUAAGGCUGAUGUACUUACCCGACAUGAAGGAACAACUUCUAUGUACCACUGUACAGGAUCUGACUGGAGAGAGAUGGGAGGUAGUCCACAGCUCUCAAGAUCCAUAGAUACUGUUGUACUUCAGGAAGGUGUUGUUGAAAGAUUAUGUACUGAUUGUGAGAGAUUUCUGAGCUCUGCAGCUUGGUAUAGACAACGAGGAAUACCACACAGGAGAGGUAUUCUACUACACGGACCUCCUGGAUGUGGUAAAACCAGUUUAAUUGUAGCACUGGCCGGUCAUCUUAAACUGGGCAUAUCUACGCUUAGUUUAGCAGACUCUCAUCUUACAGACAAUAUUCUCCAGGCCAGAUUAGCAGAUGUGCCGCGUAACACAAUCCUGCUUCUAGAAGAUAUUGAUGCCGCGUUUAUUUCUAGAGAGAACAGUAAUAAUGUUAAUACAGCACAUGGGGGCCUCUCACAGGUUACCCUGACCGGGUUGUUGAACGGCCUUGAUGGUGCAGUUAGUAGUGAGGGUAGAUUAACCUUCCUAACUACAAACUAUCCUAAUAGAUUAGAUCCAGCUCUUUGUAGACCUGGCAGGAUAGAUCUUAAACAGUUUAUAGGAUAUUGUGGUAAAAGUGAGCUGGAAAGAUUAUUUAAAAAGUUCUAUCCUGAGACUAAAGACGACAUUUGCAAUAAGUUUUCUCAUCUUGUUCUUCAAGAAAAUAUUAAUAUUUCUCCGGCUCAGGUUCAAGCGCAUCUAUUAAUUCACCAUGAAAGUCCUGAAGAAGCUAUCCGUAAUAUUCAAGCACUCUUUCAUUUGUAAUUGUAAUUGACUGUAUUUCAAAUUUUUCAAUUUUUCAACGGAUAGAAAUAUAUGAUGCAGGGUUACUCACAAAAGAUGCGACUUCAGAGACGACUAUAUGGAAUUUAUACUGCCUUUUUCUGAUUCUGCAUGUAACAAAUUCAGGAUCUAUAUAUAGUUUAUCUAUCUGUCUUAUCAUGUUUAUUACAUACCCUGACCGGCCCGACUGGUCAAUCUAUUUUACCUGUUAUAAAUAAAUUAGUACCAUAUCAACCGUUGUUUUAACCGGACGUAAGUAGCCGGGUUAGGCUAGGAAUACAGUCAUGAUUGAAGGCAGGAUUAGAGUUAGUGACAAGUAUUAAGAUAAUAUUCGGGACCUAGAUCUUUACAUGCAGUUAUGAACUAGUUUCUUUCUUUGCCAUAUCAUAAAAUAAUCCAUUAAAAUACUAUACAUUCAAGGCAGAAGAUUAAUUUAACUAAUUAGGAUCGUAAUAUCAUGUGAGCUUCAGGUCGUAUUUACAGUAUCAUCCUGUGUGAGUAACCUUCUGAAUAGAAGCUUAGAAUUAGAUAGAUAGAUGUACAAAUAACUUACUCUAAAGCUAGCUACAUUUUAUUUUUAGAGAAAUAUUCCCACAACCUCUAUUUUUGGAGGUUUUAUAUUAUUUUUUCCUGAAGAACUUAAUUAUGUAUGUUUUGUUAUAUUUCAUAAAUAAAUAAUUACUUACUUA